UUAGGUAAGGUGAAAAUGAUUUAGAGGACGUAUGUAAAACGGCACAGCGUAAAACCAGAUGUUACUUGAAAAAUCUUCAUAUGUUGUAUGUUGUACUUUUUCGAAAGUGUAUUUAGUGUCCGUAUUUUGGCUGUAGUCCGGUCCGUAUCGGGGUCGUCUUCAACUGUCAGUUACCUGUAUGUCAAAUGGAUACAGUAACGUUACAGAUGUUAUUUGACAUGAGUGGAUGUGAGAAAAAACAACGUUUUUACUUUGGAGGGUCUGAACAACUCAAGAAUGCUGUCUGGACUUGUUCCCGCUGCCUGCCACUCUCCGAAGUGGAUGUUUUCUCUCUGGAAAGUCACGCCUCACAGAAUUUAUUGUCCAUCGAAGCCAGGGCAAUGGCUACUGGGGACUAUGGUUCAAAGAAGGAAUCAUAGAUGGACUGUAGCACCAUCAUCAAGGAAAAAACUGAAACCAGUAUUUGCCAGAGCUCCAGCAUUUGGAGAUAGGCUUGCUAUCAUAGACAGCAGUGGUAGUCACAGCUACAAGCAGCUGUAUUGCAGCAGCUUAGGUCUUGCAAGUACAAUCAGUGCCACUCUGAACUCUGACUUUGGAGGGCUGGAAGGCAAGCGAAUCUCCUUCCUGUGUGCUAAUGAUGCUUCUUACACAGUGGCCCAGUGGGCAGCUUGGAUGAGUGGUGGGACGGCAGUGCCACUAUACCGAAAACACCCUCAAUCAGAACUGGAGUACAUCAUCUCAGACUCCCAGACUUCAUUGCUAGUGGCAGGGCAUCUCUAUGCUGAAACCUUGGAGCCAGUGGCACAGAGGCUGGGGCUGCCAUGCCUGACCCUACCACCUACUUCAGACCUGGACACCUUAGGUGGGGCAGACUCCCAAGAAAAGGAGACAGGCAUCACAGACUGGGCUGAUCGACCAGCAAUGAUCAUCUACACCAGUGGUACCACAGGGAGGCCCAAGGGAGUUCUACAUACUCACAACAGCAUCCAAGCCAUGGUCCAGUGUCUGGUUUCAGAGUGGGCGUGGUCCAGAGAUGACGUCAUCCUCCACACCUUGCCGCUCCACCACGUGCAUGGCAUUGUUAACAAGCUGCUGUGCCCGCUCUGGGUUGGCGCCACAUGCGUCAUGCUGCCUGACUUCCAGCCUCAGAAGGUGUGGGAGAUGCUGUUGAGCUCCAAGACUCCCCUGGUUAAUGUCUUCAUGGCCGUCCCAACUAUCUACUCUAAGCUGAUCCAGUACUAUGAUCAGCACUUCACACAGCCUCGUGUCAAGGACUUUGUCAAAGCGGUCUGCAAUGAGAGAAUCAGGCUGAUGGUUUCGGGCUCGGCUGCUCUCCCUCUUCCCACUCUGCAGCGUUGGGAGGAGAUCACAGGACACACGCUGCUGGAACGCUACGGCAUGACCGAGAUCGGCAUGGCACUUUCCAACUCUCUCAGGGGCCCACGCUUUCCAGGGGCUGUGGGGUUGCCACUACCCGGAGUGGAAGUUCGGAUUGUCUUGAAUAACGCAACCAACACCGCAAUCGUGGAGGGCAAUUGUAGAGAGACUUGGGUACGUCCAGGUCUGGAGGGGAAAGAAGGGGAGCUCCUAGUUCGAGGGCCGUCUGUCUUUAAGGAGUAUUGGAAUAAACCUCAGGAGACACAAGAGUCUUUCACUAAUGACGGCUGGUUCAAAACAGGAGACACGGCGGUGUAUAAAGAUGGUGUGUACUGGAUCAUGGGCCGCAGCAGCGUCGACAUCAUCAAGAGUGGCGGCUACAAGAUCAGCGCACUCGAGGUGGAGCGUCACCUGCUGGCUCAUCCAGACAUCAUGGAUGUGGCUGUGAUUGGGGCACCAGAUGCCACAUGGGGUCAGAAAGUCAUUGCAGUGGUGCAGCUGAAGAAGGGACAUAUGACUCUGCCGGAGUUGAAGACCUGGGCAAGGGAGCACAUGGCAUCGUACACCAUUCCCACAGGCCUGGUGCUGGUGGAGGAGAUGCCAAGGAAUCAGAUGGGCAAGGUCAACAAGAAGGACCUCCUGCAACAAUUCUUCCCAUGACUGGACCACUUAGAUGCGUAUGACAACAUACAGUUUCCUGGUUAAUGAAAUGCAGGUGUAGUUUCCAUCUGGUCCUUAGAUCAAACAAACAUCACAGACAAGUGUAGUGAGGAAAUGCUCACUAAUGGAUCAAUGCCUUAUGGAAACUGACUUUGACCUCUGAGUUAACUCCAUCACAACUACAAACACUGAUGCAAAGCUAAUUCUGUUAUAUUGAAUGCCGGAAAAGCUGUGAAUCAGUUGUUCUGCCAGGUAUGUAAUUUUUGAGACAAUAGGAAACAAAAAUGUGCUCAAAUGCAACUGAAUCUGUUAAUAAAAAGUCCAAAAAUAGUGGUUCAGAUUGAAACUAACAUAACAGAAAUACAGUACGAAGUUAAGAAGUUGUCAGGUACUGUUAAUUGGUGUGCAACUUAAUAUGACCCACUUUUGUAGGGUUUGCUAUUGUCACAGUGUCCCAGUUUCACAUCACGUACAGUAUGAAUUCUCAAGUAUGUUUGGCACGUGUAAAAACAUGCUAAACCUGCGGCAUGACAAAGGUAAGAAAGCUCAAACGUAAUGUGCAAUGGAAAUGGAGUGAGAGAGCUUUUGGUAAACAUGAAAGGAGUAUAAAAUCUUUGGACAAACAUCUGACUUUCCCUUUGUGAAGUUCAUUUGACUGUCAGCUAGUUUAGCCAGCUUUUGCUCCUCAUGAAUAAUGGCAUGUAGCAGGAACAGGAUGUUUAUCUGCUCCAAUGAAAUUACUUAAAUACAGCAGUGCCUCCUAGUAGAGACAGUUUUGGGUGCUAGAAUAUUCUGAUGUGUUAUUGGUAUGAUUAUGGUGAAAAUGUUUGGCAGCAGAGUGGCAUGAAAAGGAUCAAGAUUUAUGCUUAAUUAUACCCACACCGAACAGGACAUACGAUGGAAAGACAUUGUGAACUUUGUAGUGUGAGCAGUGAUCAGAAAAUGCUGUUAUAUAUAUAUAUAUAUAUAGAAAACGAUUAAUUAGGUAUUUAAAUCAAUCAGAUCAUUUGCAUUGUACACACACUGAUGCCCUCGAGAUAACAGAUAAUGUUUAUCUGAAGAUUAAAAAGUUCUAUAACAUUUAAAUUAAAAAA